AUUUUUUUGACAUUUUAAAACAUGCUUAAAAUGCGUUUUUUUAAGUGGAUGCAUAUGCCCAUGGGUUUAGGGGGUGAUUAGUUAAGAACUCUCCAUUUCUAAAUACAAGACCUUUGAGAUUUUAAUAGGCUCAUACCAAUGUGUGUAGACGCAUUUUAGAAUGUAGACUAGUUUAAAUUGCUCCGUAUAUAGUUUAUAUUGAAAUCUUAAAAAAAACUUAUAUUUAGGAACGUGGAUCUAUAUUGUAUCAAGUUCAGAACCAUCUAGGUUGGGUUAUCAUUGAGCUUAUGCCAUGUUUGUAUUUAGAAACGGACCACUCACGCGUGAACCACCAAGAUAACCACUCGCGCCUGAACCUAGCAACCACGAUCUAGCGCCGCCGCCCACCAAACAGCGUCGUCGGAAGCACUUUCCACUCGUGUCUCCCCCGCACGAGCGGCACCAAAGGCCCCCUCCCUCCACCCCAACCCUAGCCAGCACCAGCCUUAGGCCAACCUCUCUGUCCACUAGCGUCGCCGGCGGUGGCGCUCAUCUCGCCAAAGGCGAAGGGCUGAGGAGGCAUGCAGCAACGGUGCAUCGAGGCGGAGAUGCAUAGUGGCGGGCGUGCAGAUGGUGGAAUGUGGAGGACAAGGUGUUGUGGUGGCGGCGCUGGGGUGGGCGGAUCGAGCGAGGCCGGUCCUCAGCGGCACCAUUCGAGGCGUUCCUGCCAUGGCGGGUGGUGGCGGCAACGGGCCCGUUCUGGGCCUAAUCUAAGCCGGCAGAUUGUGGUGGCCGCUGCGUGCUUCGGCCAGAUAGCUCGUUAUCCGCGGGAGGCGGCGACGCGGGUCUUUUUAGGCCUAAUCUCCACCGAAUCCAGCGAAGUCGACGACGGUCUGGUUCGUCUUCUCCUCUACGGCCGCCGGUGGCAUAGGGGCUACUGGCUCGGCUUGAAUAAAGUGGUGAAGAAAGUCAUGGCGGCUGCAAUCGGGGGAUUUAAUGGCAGAGAGGAGUUUUGGUUACGAUGAAGAUUUACGGCACAUGGUCUUUGCAGGAGGGGACAACAACAUAUAGGUGACAAGCAGUUCUGGUUGUGGCAAGCAUUUUUGGUUGUGCUCUCGAAUACCGAGCCGCAAUUUCCUAGGUGAAAGCCAAGGUCUGGCCUUCAUUGGUUGUACCUGACACUGGCCCUACUAAAGGCAUUAUUUUGGGAUCUGGGUGAAAACUCACAACAACACUUCUGCCUUGUUUACUUUUUGGAGGUGUCACUUUUGGAGAACCUCUUUUGCGGUCUGAAUGUUGUCUUUGCCGAUUGUUAAGAGUGUUGUUGUUGCGAGUGCUUCAUCAA